UCACAGACCGCAACCGCGCGGUUUGUUCUGUGGGUGACGGGUUCUGAAAAUCCGCGGGACGUCUAACGAUAAUGCCGUUGUGAUCGCUCGAAUCAUGGAAAAGCGUUUCGAACAGCUAGACGAGUUCAUUAAAGACGACGACAAAGUCGUUACUGUCGCGUCUUUCGCUUGCGAUGCGGGUCUGUCUCUGGAAGAGGCGAAGCUCGCCAUCCAGCGGUACGUAGAGGCGCGCGAGCGAGCGGACGAGCUCACCGUAACGUACGUUUUGAACGGAACGCGUAAAAACGGCCAAGGCACGGCGGUUUCUAUAGUCAGAGGUCACGAAUUGGAGGAUCGUAGGCGGCUGUACGAGGAUGGGGCGGUCGCGACUGUAUUUAGCGUUCAAAAAGCGGCCGAAAUCGACUUUAAUUUCGUCGCGCUAGCCGACCCCUUUAGCCGCAAGGAUGUGGAGCACCCCAUCGAGGGGUCGAUUGUGGGCAAAAAUUGCAAGCGCAGGACUUUGAAAAACCACCAGGUCACCCCUGUCGCGUCUGUACGUGAGGUUAAGGUGGAACCCGACACUAAGGCUCCCGUUGAAACGGCGAAGCGGAAUAGUCCCAAGAAAAAUGGAAUCUCUAACUUUUUCAACAAAAUGGCGGAGAAAUCGCCGUCACGUGCUACCGAGAGUGUCGGGAAAGUGACGUCCUCGCCCUCGCGUACCACGGGGAGCGUCGAAAAAGUGAAGGAGGAGAAAAAAAUCGCGCGUAACGGAAGCGAGAAGAAACGCAAAGCGGAGAAUAAGCGCGAAAGCGAUAAGAAACGGAAGAGGAUAAUGGUGGUCGAGGAUUCCGAGAGCGACGACCUGUUCGGGUCGGAGGAUGACGAACGAGUGUUUGAUAAAUCGGGCGAUGAGCCUGAGAAAGCGCCGGCCAAGCAGCCCGCGUCGACAGCCAUGCGGAGGAAAGCGGUCAACCGCACUUACGAGGAUGAGGAAGGCUUCAUAGUGACACGCACGGAGUACGUUUUCGAGCCCGCGAGCGAAGACGAGGCCGCAGAAGCGGCUCCUGCCAAGGUGCCGGAUAAAAAAAUUGAGCGGGAACCUUCGGAGAAGGCAUCCAAGGGUAAAAAGGGCCCGAAAAAGCCUUCGAAUCAGCCCACCCUGAUGAAUUUUUUCAGCAAAAAGUGAUUUUUUUUACUCUGAUUAAUCUUUA